AUGGGUGAUUUCAACGCCACUCUUCACUCUCAUGAAAAGCGAGGCCCAGGGAACUUUAGUCUAGGCUCUGCAGCGGAGUUUGGAGCCAUGGUAGAUGCUUGCUCCAUGUCUCAGGUUCCCUCGAUUGGCAGAAAAUUCACUUGGACAAACAAUCGAUGCAGUGGAAAUGUUUGUUCGGUUAUGGACAGAAGUUUCUGUAACAAAGAAUGGCUUGACAGUUUUCAGAAUUUUUCUCAAUAUGUUCUUCAACGUAUUGGUUCUGAUCAUGCCCCAUUGCUUCUUAUGUCUGAAUAUAGUCAGAGGCCUCAGAAUUGCCCAUUUAGAUUUCACCAAUUCUGGAUGGAUCAUGACGACUUCGAUAGAGUGGUGGCGGAUUCUUGGUCGGAAUGGAUUUCGGGAGCUCCUAUCUAUGUCCUUGUCAAUAAGCUUAAAAAGCUUAAGGGUGUGAUUAGAGACUGGGCAAGGUCUGUUUUUCCUCACCUGGAUAGGGCGCUGGAAGAGACAAAGAGGGAUCUAGCUCAGAUUCAGGAGCAGAUUGAUAUACAAGGUAUGGAUGAUCAGUUGUUUGCCUUGGAGGCUGAGGCUAAGACUACCCUGAUUAAGGUCAUGGAGAAUCAUGAAAAAAUGUGGGCUGAAAAAGCAAGGAUUAGAUGGCUGAAAUUUGGUGAUAGAAACUCCAAAUUCUUCCACCUUUCUACAAAAAUGAGGAGGAAUAAGAACACGAUUAGAUCACUUAAGAAGCAGGACGGCUCUAUGGUUGAUGAUCCCAUCCAAAUAGGGAACUACAUAGUUGAUUUCUAUGAGAAUUUUCACAAAGUUACCCCGACUGUUCAGCAUGAGGAAUUACUGGAUAACAUUCCCUUGAUCUUGAACCAAGUUGAUCAGUACCACUUGGAUGCCCUUCCUGGUGAUGCAGAGAUUAAAAGGGCUGUGUGGGAGCUUGAUCCGGACAGCUCGCCAGGUCCUGACGGCUUCCCUGGGGCUUUCUUCAGAAGAUGCUGGCACAUUGUGGAAAAAGAAGUGAGCAAUGCGGUCAGAUAUUUUUUCAGCUCAAGCUACAUGCCGCAGGGUGUGAACAAUAAUUUCCUUAUGCUGAUCCCAAAGGUAGAUGGGGCUGAUAACCUAGGUAACUUCCGCCCCCUAUGCAUGGGCAAUUUCUUCUGCAAAAUGAUUACAAAGGUGAUGGCAUUGAGGUUGGAGCCUCUUCUUCCCAGAUUAAUAUCUGAUGAGCAAGGCGCUUUCCAAAAAGGAAAGAUUAUCCAUGAUAAUAUUAGUGUUGCUUCAGAGCUUGCGAACUUGAUGUUCUCAUCCACCAGAGGAGGGGGUAUCGGCAUAAAAAUCGAUAUCAGGAAAGCCUAUGAUACAAUUGACUGGAAGUUUAUCUUUCAGGUUAUGCAUAGAUUUGGUUUCUCUGAGAGAUGGAUAGGCUGGCUCAACCAAAUUCUAAUAUCUUCUAAGAUUUCAAUUCUAGUUAAUGGAGGUCCGCAACGUUUUUUUAAUGUGGAACGAGGCCUGAGACAAGGUGAUCCGAUUUCGCCGAUGCUGUUUAUCAUCGUAGAAGAAGUUCUAUCUCGGGGAUUGAAGGGGUUAAUCCAGUCGAACCAAAUAAAGCCAAUCCAGGGACCAAGAGGCGUUGAAACCCCAGGGCACAUCUUGUUCGUGGAUGAUAUCUUUAUAUUCACCAAUGCUUCCCAGAGCAAGGAGGCAGAAUAUCUCUAA